AUGUCAUCUUUCGUCCUGUUUCAACACAUGCAAACAGGUCACAGCCGCUCAGUGUCCACAGGUCACAGCAGCUCAGUGUCCACAGGUCACAGCCGUUCAGUGUCCACAGGUCACAGCCGCUCAGUGUCCACAGGUCACAGCCGUUCAGUGUCCACAGGUCACAGCCGUUCAGUGUCCACAGGUCACAGCCGCUCAGUGUCCACAGGUCACAGCCGUUCAGUGUCCACAGGUCACAGCCGCUCAGUGUCCACAGGUCACAGCCGUUCAGUGGCCACAGGUCACAGCCGCUCAGUGUCCACAGGUCACAGCCGCUCAGUGUCCACAUAUCACAGCCGCUCAGUGUCCACAGGUCACAGCCGUUCAGCGGCCACAGGUCACAGCCGCUCAGUGUCCACAGGUCACAGCCGCUCAGUGUCCACAGGUCACAGCCGUUCAGUGUCCACAGGUCACAGCCGUUCAGUGGCCACAGGUCACAGCCGCUCAGUGUCCACAGGUCACAGCCGCUCAGUGUCCACAUAUCACAGCCGCUCAGUGUCCACAGGUCACAGCCGUUCAGCGGCCACAGGUCACAGCCGCUCAGUGUCCACAGGUCACAGCCGCUCAGUGUCCACAGGUCACAGCCGUUCAGUGUCCACAGGUCACAGCCGUUCAGUGUCCACAGGUCACAGCCGUUCAGUGUCCACAGGUCACAGCCGCUCAGUGUCCACAGGUCACAGCCGCUCAGUGUCCACAAGUCACAGCCGCUCAGUGUCCACAGGUCACAGCCGUUCAGUAACCAGGGGAGAGAUGUAUCAAGGGAAGAUGGCGUGGGUGUCUGACCGAGUAAUCAUGGAAUGUCCAAGCAAAGCUACUGAGUCAGGGUUGUACCGGAUCAUCCUUGCACAAGGCCGCCUGCAGCUCAUCAGACUAAGUCCGUCAAAUCAACAUGGCCAUAAGGUCACCCAUCUCACGCCAUGUCACCCAUCUCACGCCAUGUCACGCCAUGUCAUGCCACGCUAG